AUGAACAUUAAUGAAACUCAAUCAGUUAACUUCUCAACCCUUACCAAAGACGAAUUAUUGAAAAGAGAUGUGUUUGGUCGAACAUUACUCCAUAUUACACUCCUAGUGAAUAAAUAUGACUCAUUACGUAACCUUACAAAGAAUCCUAACUUCAAAUGUAUAUUAUUAUCAAAUGAUUAUGAGAAUGGCUGGAACUGUAUGCAUUAUGUUAUAUUUUAUAAUAGAUUAGCAUGUCUUCGUGUAUUGUUAGAUUAUUUGAAACAAAAUUCCAUUCAGAAUAAUUUAUUUGGAUUAAAUUCCCCUUUAAUAGAGUUAUUAAGGUGUAAGGAUAGAUGUGGAUUUACACCCCUUCAAUUGUUGAAUAACGAUUUUAAAGAUUUAGUUUGGAUACCCGAAUAUAUUAAUGAAAAGAAUCAAUUUCACUUGCUUUAUAGAUUUGCAGAUAAUAGAAAAAUCGACAAGAAAGAUGAAGAAACCGAAAAGGAAGUCAAGGAGCAACAGACGAAGCGAGUAUCUAUAAGGUCUCCUCAGGUUCCGUGGAGUGAAAGAAGAGGAGGAUCAGACAUUUAUGUGCUUGGUUGCAACAGUAAUAAUCAACUAGGUGUAGGUGAUGCCACUGAUAGAUCUGUGCCAUCCAAAGUAUCACAUGACACAUUCAAAAUAGCGCUGGAGAAUGAAGCAAUGACUGAAGUUUUGAAGAAACCAAGAUACAAACAGAUUUCAAUUUCUAAAAAUCAUGCUUUGGCAGUUACUCAUACAGGUGAUGUCUUUUCAUGUGGGAUAGGAUCCAGAGGAAGAUUAGGACAUGGUAUGGAUGAUUUAAAUAAUUAUUUCCGAUUUAAAAGAAUUGCACACUUUGCCGAUGAAGAGGACAGAAAGAUAAUAAAAGAAGUUGCUAUUUCAAGUAACCAUUCCUUAGCUUUAACUCUGGAAAAUCAAGUUUAUUCCUGGGGAUUGAAUAGUUAUAACCAAUUAGGAUACGAAACUGCCCCAGUAACCAAGAGGUCUCAUUCAAAAGAGUAUUUGGACAAAUUUCAGGCGACACCAUUAUUAGUGACGGGAGAUUUAAGAAAGAAUUACGAAACUGUGUUGGGAGUAUGCGUUUCAAAAGUUCACUCAAUGGCAUAUAGUAAGAAUUCUUUGUUCUUUUGGGGGCUUAAUGUUGGUCAAAUGGGUAUAUCAUGCGUCACGGGUGAUAUUGAAGUCAAGUUGCAAGAUGAAUCUUUCCAAGGUGAAGUACAAAAGAGUCCAAAAAUGGUCAGCCUCAGAGAUGAAAUUAAAUCUGUCAGUACCAGUGAAUUAACUACUUGUGUUGUUACCACACUUAAUGAUAUCCAUGUGUAUUAUAAUUAUCAACACUUUAAAUUACCUAAGGUCCCACUGAACACUUCAGGAGAUAAACAGUUUGAUAUUUUUAAACCCAAUGUUCUCACAAAGGCAGCAGUCAUCAGCAAGAUCGUAACUCGAGGUCCUGAAAAUUCAAUGAUAUUGUUAAAUAACGGAAGUGUGUUAAGUUUUUCCUUAAAUCCCAGUGAUAUAAAAAACACCAAGUAUUCUCAUGUUUGGAAACCUUACGAUUAUGAAAUGAUGGUUAUAGACAUUGACAUAUCAGCAGAUGGGUCAGUUGUUCUAUGUACAAGAAAUGGAUCUGUGUUUCUCAAGUCCGUGCAAUCUACUGGUGGUCAAAGAAAAAAUUCGAUGAGUGGAACGGUACUCCCUAUCCCAUUAGCUAAAAACAAAUUCAAGAAGAUAGAAUCAAUAAAUAAUGUUGUGAAGGUUACUUGUGAUGCGAAGUUUUUGUCAUUUGGAUUCAUUAGAGAUGAUAUUGAUCUUCUUCCUUUGAAGCUACAAAAGAAUGAUUUUUUCAAGGAUAUUGAAUCGUUGUCCCCUGCAUUUGAUGUAGAUUUAUACAGGAAACAAGACCAAUUGUUGAAGAUCGACCACGAGUUUAAUACUUAUAUAUCAAGUUUCUUCUAUCCGGAAGUCACGGAAAGUAUAGACGAUGAUGAAUUACAUUUGACGCAAAAUAGGGCUACAAGCAAUUCUAUAGAAGAUCAACUUGCAACUAGAUACAACAACAACUUUGAUCCGCUGAAAACCAAACGUGUUGUUAUCCAUAAGACUUAUGAAACCUAUACGCAAGAUGAAAUAGAUACUAUAAAUGAGAAUUUCAAAUCUGAUGCUGAAUAUUUUAAAUAUAAAUUCGCAGAUGAUAGUCCAGAUUUUGGAAAAUCCUUUAAUUGUCACGUGGUAUUUAAGAGCAAUCCUGGGAUUAAGGUUGGUUUUCAUAGAGAAAUUUUUAUGAGUAGAUCUGAUACAUUCAAAAAGCUUGUUAAUUUAAAUGAUCCUGAAGAGCACAUCAUAGGGGAAAAAUUCAAAGCUAAUUUCAUUCCCGAUGAAUCAGUAUUGAUGGUUUCAUCGGAUACCCAUUUGCUUUCGAUGCUUCUUUCGAUUCAUACCGUUUAUUCUGGAAGGAGAAUUGAUAUUUGGCAAUCAUACGGUUCAAGACAUUCUUAUCCUGCUAACAUGAGGCUCAUUUACGACGAAUACGAAUCCCUUUUAACAUUAUUCAAGUUAGAUGACAAGAGGCAGCACAAAUCCAAUUAUUUAAAAUCAUUUAGAGAUUUAUUAGACAGUGAUACUGGUGAUGUUGUUUUGAAAUUGAAAGAUGGUGAACUAAAUGCACAUUCGUACAUCUUAAGUUCGAGAUCAGCAUUCUUUGAGACUGUAUUAUCCACACGUUGGGAUAAUGACUCGGAAUUUAAAGUACUAGAUUUUAGUGGGUUGAGCAAGUUUCAAAUGUCUAUUGUAUUGAGGCAUAUUUAUGGAGUUAACAACGCGGAGAUAUUAGAUCAUUUUGAUUGUGCUUUUAACGAAUCAGACUCUUUUAUUAACCAAGUAUUGGAAUUGAUUGAGAUUUCAGAUGAAUUGUUGUUGUUUCAAUUGAAGGCUAUUUGUCAAUCGGCAAUUUCCGAUUUAAUAUCAUUGGAAAAUGUUUUGCUUUUAUUAAUCCAUGCUGAUUAUCUUUCUGCUGAUAAAUUAUUUUUGAACUGUUGCUGGUAUAUCUUUAAUAACCUAGAGGUAUUAAUGUUUGAUCCAGCAUUUAUGACGAUUCCUUUCGAAAUCAUGAGCAAAUUGGAACAACAAAUCAUAUUUUUACAUAGUUGUCGCCACGUUGAUUUUACAGAUGGUCACGGGAAAAUGAGUGAAAAGAAAGAAUGGUUUGAUAAGUCAUUUGCAUUGUUGUCAACUUUUGUAAAGAACAUACACAACUUCAAUGACAAUUUUAUGAGUGAUAGAAAGGGAUUCAGUUCAUUUGAACCGUUAGUUGACUCCAAGUACAUUGUUAAGAAACCAAAAGAAGAUGUAAAGAAGAAGAAACCUAGAAAGAGUUCUACCACUAAUGCGGAUUUAGCUGAGUUCAGGAAAGCUCAUACUGUUACUCCACCACAAGCUCAAAAUAUUAGCGCGAUUGAAGAUUCAGAAGGUUCCAACUUUGGAUUUAGAGUUGUUCAAAAGAAAUCAAAACUAACUACAAAGAGUAAGAGCCCAUCACCUGUCCCACAGACGUCAAAUGAUUCUUCCAAGAAACCCGGGCCAGUUAAUAUACCGACACUGGCGCCUUGGUCAAACCAAGUUACAAACUCUAAAUCAUCAAUAUCACCCCAACCCCAAGCAAACAUUAGUAUAAGUGGCCUAAGUCCUCAUUCCAACUGGGCUUCAAAAUCCAAUGCUUCGCCCAUACUUGGCGAUCAGCCUCAACUGGUAGUCAAAGUCGAAACAAUUGGGUCUUCAGGUUGGAAGCCUAAGCCAGCAAAAGUUAAGAUUGGUCCAGUUGUUAAGAUGUCACAAAAAGAAAGAAAGAGACUCGCAGCAGCAGCAGCUGCAACAGCACCAACAUCAACGUCUCCGCCCCAGAGUUCCAGAAAACCAAGUUCUUCGAGUAGUGUAGCACCUUGGUCCGCUAUGGCCAAUGAUAAAGAAAAUAUAUCUCCAAUUGAUGCUGUAAGUAGCCUACCGGUAUUAGGAGCCACAGUGUCAAAUAAGAAGAAGCCAAGUUUUUCGAAGGCAAACAAGGUUGCGACACAACCUUCCAUAGCUUCACAGAGGAGUGGUUCAUUUGGUUCAUCCUCAUCAGCAACCGGACAGAGUUUCGCUAGUGCGGUAUCUAUGAGUGCGGAUUCGUCAUUCAAUAGUGUAUAUUCAACACCUUCUUUAACUGAAGUCAUGAUUCAAGAAUCACUUAAAGUGGAACAAGCAAAACUAGAAGAAGCUCAACAGAAGUCGUUAUUGGAAAUUCAGCAAGAACAGGAAUUUGCAAAAUGGUGGGCGGAAGAAUCUAAGAGGGUACAGAAGGAAAUGGAACCCUCCAAACAAGAGAAUGUGAAGAAGAAACAAGGUAAGAAACCAUCAAAGGACAACAAGAAAGCCACCAACGAUGAUAGGAAAGGAAAUAAAUCUGCUAGACCAUCAAAACCGGGUGCAAGUAGUUCAGACAAACCAAAGAACAAGAGAAAAAGUGCCGAUAAUAAAGCAAACAGACCGAAGGAAGCUUCAAGUGGCGACUCGCGUCACAACAAGACACUGUAUCAUAAUAAAAACAUUCCAAAAGAGGAAGAAAUCAAAUGUUAG